AUGAGUUUCGGCUUCAGCAUUGGGGACUUUAUCACAGUCAUUGAAAAAACUAAUCAGCUGCGGAAGGACUUUAUCGGGGCACCUCCUCAAUUCAAGGCAAUUUCCGAUGAGCUCAGGAAUCUGGAAAUCGUUAUUCGAGAUCUCGAAGUUGAUCAACACAACACACAUCUCAAUGCCAAGCAAAAACAGGAGUUACAGGAUAUUGCAAGUAGUUGCCGCACUUUGUUCAACGAGAUUGAUACUCUGUUAUCUCGAUAUUGUGAGAUUGAUGCGGCUCGUCCGAUAAAAAGAACAUGGAAGCGUUUGAGAUGGGAGCCCGAAGAUGUCCAUGAUCUACGGAAUCGGCUGUCUAGCAAUAUCAGCAUCUUAAACGCCUUCAAUGGACGUAUCACACGAGACACAAUCUCUAUGCUGCUCGAACAUAAAACUGAUGAGACACAAAGAGUGUGUCUCGACUGGUUAUCGCCUACUACACAUGCAGCACGACAAUCGGAAUAUCUCCGCCUACUACAGCCAGGAACAGGGCAAUGGCUUCUUCAGUCUCAAAAUUUCCUUUCUUGGAUUGACGAGCCGGGGAAGACUAUGUUCUGUCCCGGUAUUCCCGGGGCCGGCAAAACGAUUCUUUCGUCCGCAGUGAUCGAUGAGAUCGAGUCCCGGUACAGUAGCAAUCCCGAGAUUGGCAUUGCGUACAUUUAUUGUGACUUCCAACAUACAAGCGAUGGAAGCCAGAAACCAGAGAGUUUUCUUUCUUCUAUCAUAAGGCAACUUGUCCUUGAUGCAUCUCCAAUGCCGAGUGUUGUGCAAGCGAUGUACGACAAACACGAACCGAAAGGCACUCGUCCUACAUUUGCCGAGCUGUCUAAAGCUUUUAGUGUUGUUUGCCGUUCAUUCAAGCGGUGGUUUCUUGUCUUUGAUGCACUAGAUGAAUGCAACCUCUCCGAUGCUAUACGCACAUUGGAUGCAAUUAUUUCCUACGCACUGCAUUCCAAUAUGAGCCUUUUCGCUACUUCGAGGUUCAUCCCCGAGAUCAUGUCCAAAUUCCAAGAUGAUACCAUGACCCAAGAAAUCCGCGCAGAGAAAUCCGAUAUUGCAAAGUACCUUACAGCAAAUCUCGAUCAACUUCCUUCAUUUGUGUCACGCAACAAACAGCUUCAACAGGAGGUCAUAGACGUCAUUACUAACGCUGCAGAUGGAAUGUAA